AUGCAUUGUCCAUCUCAACUUCGUCUUACAGAUCCUCGAUCGAGACUCUGGAUACUCCUGUCGUUAAAGGACAUUAAUGCAUUUCAGAUGACCGUCCCAAAUGAUGUCGCUCUAUAUGAGCUUGCAAUUAAAGCGGGAGUUCCCAUGGAUAACAAAGUUUUCAGAAGGAUAUAUGGCUUGAUUGCACUAGGUUGCAGUCCAGAUGUCAUUUUUUCUAUGCUAAAAUACCUCACAUCUAUUCAUUCAACCACUUCUACAGAACUAGUUGGUCGUAAUUCAAUAUCCAAUGUUAGUACAGCUUCUAGUAGAAUUGCUGGUCAGCACCAUCAAGUGAAUAGAUCGAAAUUCACCGACAGUAUUGUCCCAACAAGUCGAAAUUUAGAAUCACAACUAAGUUUUCUGAGCACUUUUAGUGACUGUGAACAGUAUCCUAGUGAACAGGAUUAUGAGUCAUGUAAGAUACUCCUGUCGUUAAAGAUGACCGUCCCAAAUGAUGUCGCUCUAUAUGAGCUUGCAAUUAAAGCGGGAGUUCCCAUGGAUAACAAAGUUUUCAGAAGGAUAUAUGGCUUGAUUGCACUAGGUUGCAGUCCAGAUGUCAUUUUUUCUAUGCUAAAAUAUCUCACAUCUAUUCAUUCAACCACUUCUACAGAACUAGUUGGUCGUAAUUCAAUAUCCAAUGUUAGUACAGCUUCUAGUAGAAUUGCUGGUCAGCACCAUCAAGUGAAUAGAUCGAAAUUCACCGACAGUAUUGUCCCAACAAGUCGAAAUUUAGAAUCACAACUAAGUUUUCUGAGCACUUUUAGUGACUGUGAACAGGAUUAUGAGUCAUGUAAGGUACUGCUAAACAAACCGAAGGUUACACAACAUAAACAUUUGAAACCAAACGUAUAA